AUGUCUGGGACUGGAGGGAAGCCCAGAAGCCAGACAGCCUCGACACAAAAAGUCAAACCAACAGUCGCUCGGCAAAACCGAACGACCAAAGUGGAGUCACAGGAAAGAGGAAAAACGAGGGCAGCAGGGUUGGUGGAGAUAGAUGAAGGAGAUCAAGAAGUCGGCAAUGCGGAGAAAGGGAGGGCAUACCUCGAAGAGAAAGUACUGUUGGUCCCGCCCAGGGACCCGCUCACGCUGUAUGGGCUCAUCGUGGCCCUCUUUCAGAUAGCGGCCUUACCAGGGAUCGGUUGUCCUGCCAUCAACGCAGUACGCACGGUCGCAUACCUGCUACAAGAAGUCGAGACUGGAGCAAUAGCAGCUGAUAUCAGGGAUAUCGCCAACGAACAGUUCAGCGAAAUGACCAAGGAUCUGGGUGAGCUCAUGGAGGGGCUCAAGGAGAAGGUAUUGGAGGAGGUAGGGAAGACGACGGUGGUGCUGGAGAAGAAGACAUUGGAGCUGGCUGGGGUGGUUGAGAAAGUGGCGCAGCAGGCGGUUAGCGCAGGCAGUUCCCCAUACAGAGACGCAUUGUCAAGGACGGUUUCCAGAGCACCUUUGGAUGCUAACCCUAGGCUGGCUGCAAAGGAGAACAUCAGGCAACGACAGUCGCUAAUCGACCUACCCAGGGAAUCGAAACUCAGGGAAUGUACCAACACGACUCUAGUUGGCAAAUUUUCGGAGGCGAUUGGUAGGGCGACAGCACAGAAACACAGGAUCAGGUCGGUUACGAAGAUGCAGAAUGGUGGAAUCCUCGUCGAAAUGGUCACGGACGAAGGCGUGGCAUGGAUGGCGUCCAAGGCCAACGCAGAGUCCUUUCUACGGGAGCUGGGAGAGGCAGAGGCCUCGUUCAAGACGAGGUCUUACAAUGUCGUGGCCUACUACGUACCACUGAACCUGGAUACUAACAGCGAGAAAGACAGGAAGGAAAUCGAGGAGAUGAACAACAUACCAGAGGGUGGCCUAGCAAAGUUGAGGUGGAUCAAGCCUCCUUCGCGAAGGAGGGCGGACCAAUGUUUCGCCCACAUCAUUGCUACUUUCUCGGAUGCUGACGCCGCCAAUCAGGCGAUAGUGAACGGACUCACGAUCUGUCACAAGAGAGUGUCAGUAGCGAAGAGCAAAAGGGAGCCAAUUCAAUGCCUCAAAUGCCAGGGAUGGGACCACGUUGCGGCUGAGUGCUCUUUGGAGAAGGAGGUAAACGUGUGCGGCACCUGCGCAAAGGAUCAUUGGACCAGUCGCAAGACCACACCAGCUGGUAUCGCGGCUGCCCAACUUUCCUCAGGAAGAUUGAAGAUCUCAAUGCGAGGGACCCGGCCAACGACAUGCCUUUCUUCCCAGCGAAGGAAUCCUGGACUUGGUCGCCAUCCUAUCCGCCCCAAGCUCGUUGGGCGUCGCCAGCAGAGAUUCAGAUCAACCCAGUUCAGACAGGUUCACAGAGAGAUAGGCUCAGACAAACACAGCUAG